AUGCCUGCGCUCUGGCUCAGCGGCUGCCUCUGCCUCUUGCUCCUCCUGCCUGCAGCCCGGGCCAACCCCAGGACGCCAGUCUGUGACUGCAAUGGGAAGUCCAGGCAAUGCAUCUUUGAUCAGGAGCUUCACAGACUGACAGGAAAUGGAUUCCGCUGCCUCCACUGCAGUGACAACACUGGUGGCAUUCACUGUGAGAGGUGCAAGGAAGGAUUUUACCGACACAGGGAGAGAGACCGCUGCUUGCCCUGCAAUUGCAACUCCAAAGGUUCUCUUAGCCCUCGAUGUGACAGCGCUGGACGGUGCAACUGUAAGCCAGGUGUGACGGGGGACAGGUGUGACCGCUGUUUGCCAGGCUUCCACAUGCUCACUGAUGCUGGGUGCACCCAAGACCGGAAGCUCCAAGACUCCAAGUGUGACUGUGAUCUAGCCGGCACCUCGGGGCCCUGUGACUCAGGCCGCUGUGUCUGCAAGCCAGCUGUCACAGGAGAGCGCUGUGAUAGGUGCCGACCAGGUUACUAUCACCUGGAUGGGAGAAACCCUGAGGGCUGCACCCAGUGUUUUUGCUACGGGCAUUCAGCCAGCUGCCAAAGCUCUGGAGACUACAGUGUCCAUAAAAUCAUAUCCACCUUCCAUCAAGAUGUUGAUGGCUGGAAGGCUGUCCAGAGAAAUGGGUUUCCUGCAAAGCUCCAAUGGUCACAGCGCCAUCAAGAUGUGUUUAGUUCAGCACGACGAUCAGACCCUGUCUAUUUUGUAGCUCCUGCCAAAUUUCUUGGGAAUCAACAGGUGAGCUAUGGACAGAGCCUGUCUUUUGACUACCGUGUGGACAGGGGAGGCAGACACCCCUCUGCCCAUGAUGUGAUUCUGGAAGGUGCCGGUCUACGGAUCACAGCUCCCUUGAUGCCACGUGACAAGACACUGCCUUGUGGGAUCACCAAAACUUACACGUUCAGAUUAAAUGAACAUCCAAGCAGUAACUGGAGACCCCAGCUGAGUUACUUUGAGUAUCGGAGGUUACUGCGGAACCUCACAGCCCUGAGGAUCCGAGCUACCUACGGAGAAUACAGUACUGGGUACCUCGACAACGUGACCUUGAUCUCAGCCCGCCCCGUCUCGGGAGCCCCAGCACCCUGGGUUGAACAAUGUGUAUGUCCUGUUGGGUACAAGGGACAGUUCUGCCAGGAAUGUGCUUCUGGCUACAAAAGAGAUUCAGCCAGACUGGGACCUUUUGGCACCUGUAUUCCUUGUAACUGCCAAGGGGGAGGGGCCUGUGAUCCAGACACAGGAGAUUGUUAUUCAGGGGAUGAAAACCCCGACAUCGAGUGUGCGGACUGCCCCCUCGGUUUCUACAACGACCCACACGACCCCCGCAGCUGCAAGCCCUGUCCCUGUCGCAAUGGGCUCAGCUGCUCUGUGAUGCCCGAGACAGAGGAGGUGGUGUGCAGUAACUGUCCCCACGGCGUCACUGGAGCCCGCUGCGAGCUCUGUGCCGAUGGCUACUUUGGGGACCCCUUUGGGGAACAUGGUCCAGUGAGACCUUGUCAGCCCUGUCAGUGCAGCAACAACGUGGACCCCAGUGCCCCUGGGAACUGCGACCGCCUGACAGGCAGGUGUCUGAAGUGCCUUCACAACACGACCGGUGCCCACUGCGACCAGUGCAAAGCUGGCUACUAUGGGGACCCCUUGGCUGCCAACCCAGCGGACAAGUGUCGAGCUUGCAACUGCAACCCACUGGGCUCGGAGCCCGUGGAGUGUAGAAGUGAUGGCAGCUGUGUUUGCAAGCCAGGAUUUGACGGCCUCCACUGUGACCACGCAGCAUUAACCAACUGUCCAGCCUGCUACAAUCAAGUGAAGAGCCAGAUGGAUCAGUUUAUGCAGCAACUUGAGAACCUGGAGACCCUGAUUUCGAAGGCUCAGGCUGGCGGAGGAGCAGUACCCGACGCAGAGCUGGAGGGCAGGAUGCAGCAGGCUGAACAGGCCCUUCGGGACCUUCUGAGAGAAGCCCAGAUUUCAGAAGGUGCAAUUAGAUCCCUCAACCUCCAGUUGGCCAAGGCCAGGAGCCAAGAGAAUAGCUACAGGACCCGCCUGGAUGACCUCAAGAUGACCUUGGAGAGACUUCGGACCCUGGGCAGCCAGCAUCAGGACCGAGUUCAGGAUACUCACAGGCUCAUCACGCAGAUGCGCCUGAGCCUGGAGGAGAGCGAGUCUGCCCUGCAGAACACUAACAUUCCUCCCUCAGAGCACUACACGGGGCCAAAUGGCUUUAAAAGUCUAGCUCAGGAGGCCACGAGACUGGCAGACAGCCAUGUCGAGUCAGCCAAUAACAUGGAGCAACUGGUCAGGGAAACUGAAGACUACUCCAACCAAGCCCUGACCUUGGCGCGCAAGGCAGCUGCUGAAGUGGGCAGCAGCGGCAGCCUCCGUGGCUCCGUGGUACAAGAGCUUGUGGGAAAAUUGGAGAAAACCAAGUCUCUGGCCCAGCAGCUGUCGAGGGAGGCCACUCAAGUUGACACUGAAGCAGAUACGUCCUAUCAGCAUAGUCUCCGCCUUCUCAGUUCAGCAACUCAGCUUCAGGGGGUCAAUGAUCAGUCCUUCCAGGUAGAAGCGAAGAGGAUCAGACAAAAAGCUGACUCUCUCUCAAGCCUGGUGACUAAGCGAAUGGAUGAGUUCAAGCGUGUGCAAAGCAGUCUGGGAAACUGGGAAGAAGAAACCCAGAAGCUCUUAGAGGAUGGGAAGAAUGAGAGACAGAAAUCAGAUCAGCUGCUUUCCCGUGCCAACCUUGCUAAAAGCAGAGCUCAAGAAGCACUAAGUAUGGGCAAUGCCACUUUUUAUGAAGUUGAGAACAUCUUAAAGAACCUCAGAGAGUUUGAUCUGCAGGUUGAAGACAGAAAAGCAGAGGCUGAAGAGGCCAUGAAGAGACUCUCUUCCAUCAGCCAGGAGGUUGCAGACGCCAGCGACAGGACCAGGCGAGCAGAAGCAGCCCUGGGGGGUGCUGCUGCCGACGCCCAGAGGGCAAAGACUGCAGCCGGGGAGGCCCUGAAGAUCGCCGGCAAGAUAGAACAGGAGAUUGGGAGUCUGAACUUGGAGGCCAACGUGACAGCAGAUGGAGCCUUGGCCAUGGAGAAGGGACUGGCCACUCUCAAGAGUGAGAUGAGGAAAGUGGAAGGAGAGCUGGCAAGGAAGGAGCAGGAGUUCGACGCGGAUAUGGACGCAGUGCAGACAGUAAUUACAGAAGCCCAGAGAGUUGGCAGCAGAGCCGAGAAUGCUGGAGUCACAAUCCAAGACACACUCAGCACGUUGGAUGGCAUCCUACAUCUAAUAGACCAGCCUGGCAGUGUGGAUGAAGAGGGGCUGAUCUUACUGGAGCAGAAGCUUUUUCGAGCCAAGACCCAGAUCAACAGCCAGCUGCGGCCGCUGAUGUCAGAGCUGGAGGAGAGAGUGCGUUGGCAGAGGGGCCACCUCCGCUCGCUGGAGACAAGCAUAGAUGGCAUUCUGGCUGAUGUGAAGAACCUGGAGAACAUUCGGGACAACCUGCCCCCGGGCUGCUAUAAUACCCAGGCUCUUGAGCAACACUGA